GGUCAUGUUCAUAGAUAUCGUGCGGGCCAUCCGCGAGGGCAACGUGAAGCUGUUCACGGAGAGAAUGCAGGAGUAUUCUGCGGACUUCAUCAAGAAUGGUACAUAUCUGUUGAUGAUGAAGCUUAAGUUCAUGGUAUUGAGGAACCUCACCAAGGGAGUCCACGGAGAGAUCAGAAGAAGGCUCGGGCAGAGUGCAACCACGAAGUUGGACCUGACCCCCUUCGAGCACGUCUUCGCGUGGCAGGAUGAUUGUGACGUGGACGAGACCGCCUGCGUCCUCUCGAACCUCAUAUAUCAGGGCGCGGUCAAAGGCUACAUGAGCCACGAGCACAGGAAGCUCGUCUUCGCCAAGGAGCAGCCAUUCCCUGCACCAAGCAAGUGGCGUGUCUGAACGCUGCCGGGUAUGAGGCGGUCCGACGCCGGGCGCCGCGCCCUCCCGCGGGCGACGGCGCGCGGCGCGCCCGGGGGGGCCCGGGCGGCAGCACCGCCCCGGCUGCGACGCGCGCGCGCGUCUCCCGGAGGGGGGAACCCUGAGAUCCUGGCGUGGCGAUUUUCUCGCGACGGGCGCUUUCGCUCCCGACCCAGGUGCCCCAGUCUGAGUCCGGGCCCCAGCGCUGGCUCUGGGGGCCCCCAGAGCCAGCGCCGGGAGGUGAGGGAGGCCUGUCGGGGCGGGGCCCACUGCGGCUGGGGUCGCGUCCUAGUGGUCCAGAGGGGCCAGGGUCUGGCCACGCCUCCCGCUGCGCGCGCUCCCUGGAACAGGGGCCGCUCUGCCGUCGCUCGGGCGGGCUGGCAGGGGCCGGGAUCGCGGGGCGACUCAUUGGUGCUCCCAGGUUCGCUCUUGGCUCCGCCCGCACGAUUUCGGUACCCGGGACCCUCACAGAUCGAUCGGGCUCGAAAAAUGACGCAGAAAGAUGGGGUCCAGGGGUCCAGGCGUGUUUUUUUUGCGAACGUCGGAUCUCAGGGAAAGAGCAGCCACGAGCAGGGAAGGCUGCGGCGCCCGAGGCACGUCGGGCGGAGGCCAAAGUCGGAGGAGGAGGGGGCCCCAUGCCGCUACCCUUCGCCCAUGUGUUCUCCCUUUUGGGGGGUCUCCUGGGAGGCCCUCGUCGCCGCCGCUGGAUUCGCCUCGAGAUCCUCGUCAGAACGCACCCCAGGAGAGGUCCGGGGAGUAGCGGUAUCGGUACCUUCUGGUUUCCCCCAGC